AAGAAAUUGAAAACGAAAAGAGCAGGUGACGAAGUGAAAUAACAGCAAGAGAGCAUCAGCGCAAACUACCAAGUGAAUCCCAACAGUAAGCAACAUUUUCACUUUCGCGGUAUCGUCGUUUUUGUAAAUUAGGGUUUUUCAUUCAAUUUCAACGAUGAACAAUAGCAAUAAUCCACCCAAGAAUCCACCACCGGCGCCACCGUCGUUUUCAUCGAUUCCUGUAAACCCACAACCAAUUCAUCUUCUCACUCAAUCUCACCCUCAAAUGCAAAAUCCUUCUCAAUUCCCCGGUCAUUUUCAGCUUUCUCAACCCCAACCCCAACCCCAUGUAAUUUCACAACAACAAUCACAAUUUGUAAACCCUCGUUCUCAUCCUCAAACCCUACAACAGCACCAUCAGCAACAUCAACAGCAGCAGCAGCAGCAAAAUGUGGCUUCUCCUGCAACUGCAAGUACUACUUCAUCUGUGAAGCGUUCACAUCACAAAGCAAAUUCACGUCCACAAGGCUCACCUAGUGGUAACCAGACAUCUGCAUUCAAGACUAUGGAGUUAACACCUGCUCCUUUGAGAAAAAAGAGGACUUUACCGGAGAAUUUAAUACCGGAAAAGGUGGCUAAGAUUGUGCCCGAGUCUGCGAUUUAUACAAGGUUAAUUGAGCUUGAGGCGCAGAUAGAUGCUGCUUUGAAUAGGAAAAAGGUUGAUGUGCAGGAGGCUGUUAAAAAUCCAACUUCGGUUAGGAAGACGCUUAGGGUUUAUGUGUAUAAUACGUUUUCGAAUCAGACGAAGGAAUCUGGGAAGGUUGGUGGUGUUGAGCUGCCGUCUUGGUCGCUGAGGAUAACUGGGAGGAUAUUGGAAGAAGGUGGUAAGGAUCCCGUGGUGGGAGGGAUUUCGAAAAGGGGAAGUAUUGUAUAUCCGAAGUUUUCGGCUUUCUUUAAGAAGAUUACGGUGUAUUUGGAUCAGGGGUUUUACCCGGAUAAGCAUGUUAUUGUGUGGGAUAGUGCUCGUUCGCCUGUGCAGCAAGAUGGUUUUGAGGUGAAGAGGAAAGGGGACAAAGAGUUUACUGCAGUUAUUAGGUUAGGAGUGAAUUACUCGCCGGAGAAGUUUAUGGUUUCGACACCGUUGGCUAAAGUUUUAGGGAUUGAGUUUGAUACCCGUCCUAGGAUAAUGGCUGCUCUUUGGAACUAUGUGAAGUUCAGGAAGCUGCAGAGUCCAAAUGACCCUUCGUUCUUCAUGUGUGAUGCUUCUCUCCAAAAAGUGUUCGGGGAAGAAAAGAUGAAAUUCUCGAUGGCUUCACAGAAGAUAUCACAGCAUUUAUCACAACCACAGCAUAUACACCUGGAGCAUAAAAUCAAGCUUUCUGGAAAUUCUCCUGCUGGAACUACAUGUUAUGAUGUGCAGGUUGAUGUACCUCUUUCGCUAGAGAAAGACAUGUCUGCAUUCUUAACAAGUAUGGAGAGGCACAAAGAAAUUGAUGCUUUUGAUGAAGUGAUUAGCGCUUCGGUAAAGAAGAUCCAUGAGCAUCUUAAGAGACGGUCUUUCCUUCUUGGCUUUAGUCAGUCUCCAGCAGAGUUUAUUAAUGCAUUGAUAGCUUCGCAGAGCAAGGAUCUAAAGCUUGUUGCCGGAGAUGCCAGCCAUAAUGCCGAAAAUGAAAAACGUUCUGAAUUCUACAAUAAACCAUGGGUUGAGGAUGCUGUAAUUCGCUAUCUGAGCCGGAAAAGUGCCCGAACUGAUGCUCCUUGAAGCAUUUGAUGGAAAAUUGCGUCAAAAGUUGAGUGGUUAAUUUGGUUAAUUUUCUGACAUCAAUCAGUUUUGUUCCAGCCUUGCUAAAUUUUCUAUUCCAUCCUUCAUUUUUGGAAUUGAGUACCCGGAGUUGUGUACAUUGACUCAAGAUUCUGAUCACGCUUGGCUGGUUACAACAGUCCCUGAACCAUAUUUGUAUCAAUCGAUUCUCAUCUAUUCUUAUCUCCUAUUAUACAAUGGUAAAAUGAGCCGAGAACUCUUGGCUAAUUUCUUGUGUAACAUCAACUGCGGUCUUCGUAGUGGUAUAUUGAAUGUUUUGGGUUAGAACUAGGAACUAUACCAUGUCUGUUUUUUCAGGACGUAGAAUAUUUCAUGUGGCUAGAACUAGUGAAUGAUCGAAUU